AUGCGAGGACGCCUCCGCGUCUUCCGGAUUACGAUACCCCCCCUCUCUCUCUCUCUCUCUCUCUCUCUCUCGCCCUCUCAGUUGAUAUCUAUCUAUCUUAUUCUGUAUAUCUAUGCCUUUCUGUUCAUAUCUAUCUGUCUGUCUCUCCCCUUUUCCCUCGUUCUCUCUCUCUCUCUAUCUUUGUCAGUUGAUGCUUGUUUAUCUAUCUAUCUAUCUAUCUAUCUAUCUAUCUAUCUAUCUAUCUAUCUGUCAUCAUUCUGUUCCUAUCUAUCUGUCUAUCUAUCUGCCUACUACCUACCUGUCAGUCUGUCUAUCUGCCUCUAUCUCUGUCUGUCUGUUUCUGUCUCUCUCUUUCUCUCUGUCUUUCAUAUGAUAUCUAACAUAUUCUGUUUUUCUAUCUACGUCAGUUUUUUCAUCUAUCUAUCUAUCUCAGUCUCUUCAUAUCUAUCUAGCUAUGUAUUUAUAUCAGUUCCUAUCUAUCUAUCUAUCUAUCUAUCUAUCUAUCUAUCUAUCUAUCUCAGUCUGUUCAUUAUCUAUCUAUCUAUCUAUCUAUCUAUCUAUCUAUCUAUCUAUCUAUCUAUCUCUGUUCAUUAUCUAUACAUCUAUCCCUGUUCAUUAUCUAUCUACCCCAGUCUGUUCAUUAUCUAUCUAUCUAUCUAUCUAUCUAUCUAUCUAUCUAUCUAUCUAUCUAUCUCAGUCUGUUCAUUAUUUACCUCAGUCAGUUCAUUUUCUCUGUCUGUCUGUCUGUCUGUCUCUCUCUCUCUCUCUCUUUCUCUCUAUCUCUCUAUCUAUCUAUCUAUCUAUCUAUCUAUCUAUCUAUCUAUCUAUCUCAUCCUGUUCAUUAUCUAUCUAUCUAUCUAUCUCAAUGUGUUCAUUUUCGAUCCAUCCAUCUCAGUCUUUUCAUUAUCUAUCUACCUCUGUCUGUUCAUUAUCUAUCUAUCUCAGUAUGUUCAUUAUCUAUCUAUCUAUGUCAGUCUCUUCAUGAUUGAUCUACUUACCUCAGUCUGUUCAUUAUCUAUCUAUCUAUCUAUCUAUCUAUCUCAGUCUAUUCAUAUCUAUUUAUCUAUUCAUCCAUCUCUAUAG